AUGAUUGCAGGCGUGUCGAAAGCUAUCACUCAGCACCUGGCACCGGUGUUGGCUCUGACGUCUCUCUUACUCAUUCUCUUCUCCUACUUGGCACCCGUGGUCAUGUUGUCAUCUCGAGUCGCGUUGCUCAGUGUCACUCCGUCAACGUCUUUGGUCCAAUCAAACUCCUCGCAGGGGUUGGAUGGACCGACCGUUUUCAUGGGCGCCCUCGGGUCGUGCUAUCGACCAAACAAGGAGACAGGACUCGUCUGCACUUCUCCUACAGUCUCUCCCACAUACAACCUUUCUGUCCUUCCUGCCAAUGCCCCGGAUCUUUUGACGUCUCCCCCAUCCACGAGCUCGGCAUUCAUAGCUGUUUCCCUCGCAUUCAGCUUCUUAUUUUUCUUCAUGUUCACGCUCACGACACACCGAGCCCACCUGGGAAGAGCUGGUGCACCAUUUGAGAAACCCAUGGUCCAACGCGCUACUGCCUGGAUUGGUUUCAUGGGCUUCAUUAUCGGACUCACCUCGUUCCUUGUCAUUUACAUGUGGUUUGGAAAAGCCGUGCAAGAUUUCAACGACGACAUCUCGAAAACAGGUUCCGGUGCUCCUGAACUUAUCGCCGCUACCAGUAACGGCUUUGUCAUGGUGUGGGUUGGAUACUCUUUCUAUGCUGUCCCCCUUGUCUGUGCUUUGGCCAAACUCCACAUCGCAGCGACCGCAGGCAAAGUUUAA